GGGAUUUCUCACGAGAUCCGGGCUGAGGCUGUUUUUAGUUGCCGGGCCGCACGCUCGACGCUGCUAUGGCUGCGAUAAAGGCGGUAAACUGCAAGGCCGAGGUGGCGCGGGCCCAGGCGGCCUUGGCUGUCAAUAUAUGUGCCGCCCGAGGGCUGCAGGAUGUGCUGCGUACCAACUUGGGGCCUAAGGGCACCAUGAAAAUGCUUGUUUCUGGUGCGGGUGACAUCAAACUCACCAAAGAUGGCAAUGUGCUGCUCCAUGAGAUGCAAAUUCAACACCCAACAGCUUCUCUGAUAGCAAAGGUAGCAACAGCCCAGGAUGACAUUACAGGAGAUGGUACUACUUCCAAUGUUCUAAUUAUUGGAGAGUUACUAAAACAAGCUGAUCUUUACAUUUCUGAGGGCCUGCACCCUAGAAUAAUAGCUGAAGGAUUUGAGGCUGCUAAGAUAAAAGCACUUGAAGUUUUGGAAGAAGUUAAAAUUAACAAAGAGAUGAAAAGAGAAAUCCUCUUAGAUGUAGCUAGAACAUCUCUGCAAACUAAAGUUCAUGCUGAAUUGGCUGAUGUGCUAAUAGAGGCUGUGGUGGAUUCUGUUUUAGCUGUUAGAAGACCGGGUUAUCCUAUCGAUCUCUUCAUGAUAGAAAUCAUGGAGAUGAAGCAUCAGUCAGAAACAGAUACAAAAUUGAUCAGAGGAUUAGUUUUGGACCAUGGUGCUCGUCAUCCAGACAUGAAGAAGCGAGUGGAAGAUGCAUUUAUUCUUACUUGCAAUGUGUCACUAGAAUAUGAAAAAACAGAGGUGAGCUCUGGUUUCUUUUAUAAGACUGCUGAAGAGAAAGAAAAGUUGGUAAAAGCUGAAAGAAAAUUUAUUGAAGAUAGAGUACAAAAAAUAAUAGACCUGAAAGACAGAGUCUGUGCUCAGUCCAAUAAAGGAUUUGUUGUCAUUAAUCAAAAGGGAAUUGAUCCAUUUUCCUUAGAUGCUCUUGCAAAACAUGGCAUAGUAGCUCUUCGCAGAGCAAAAAGAAGAAAUAUGGAAAGACUCUCUCUUGCUUGUGGUGGAAUGGCUGUGAAUUGUCUUGAAGACCUUACUGUAGAUUGCUUGGGACAUGCUGGUCUUGUCCAUGAGUGUGCUUUAGGUGAAGAAAAGUUCACUUUUAUUGAGGCCUGUGUUAACCCUCGUUCUGUCACCUUGUUGGUUAAAGGACCGAACAAGCAUACUCUGACACAAAUCAAGGACGCUAUAAGGGAUGGACUUCGUGCCAUCAAAAAUGCCAUUGAAGAUGGCUGUGUAGUUCCAGGAGCAGGUGCCGUUGAAGUGGCAAUAGCGGAAGCCCUUGUUAAUUACAAGCACAGUAUAAAAGGAAGAGCUCGUCUUGGGGUCCAAGCUUUUGCUGAUGCCUUGCUCAUUAUUCCUAAGGUUCUUGCUCAGAAUUCUGGUUUUGACCUGCAGGAAACACUGGUAAAAGUUCAGGCUGAACAUUCUGAAUCAAAACAACCUGUUGGUAUAGAUCUGGAUACAGGUGAGCCCAUGGUAGCGGCAGAUGCAGGAGUUUGGGAUAAUUACUGUGUGAAAAAACAACUUCUUCAUUCUUGCACGGUGAUUGCCACCAACAUUCUCCUGGUUGAUGAAAUUAUGCGAGCUGGUAUGUCUUCUCUUAAAGGGUGAUUGAGUUCAAAAUCAACUCUUCCAGAAGCUGAGAUUUAGUACAUUUACAUCAGCUACCAUUAUAUAACCUGAGCCAUUCUUAAUUUUUGCACAAUAAAAGCAGUUUAUAUUUG